UUGGUGUUAGGCGCUUCCACUGAGAGCAGCACGCUCCUUCCGCCCGCGGGCCCUCAAAAUUCCUUUCUCCCCAGUUGUUUUUCCGCCGUUUUCCACACAUUUUCCGCGUUUCCGGUCCCUACCGAGACAUCGAUCAGUGCGUGCGUUUUCUCAUCGAUCACCCGACCCUUCAGUGUGCCGUCUUCUCCUAUCUUCGCUCGAAUUUCGGAUUAUGUUCCUCCUGCAACCCAUCAUGACGUGCCUAUGUUUUCAAACAUGGUAGUUGUUUCACGCCGUAUAAAUUCCUAAACUACCUCCUCUACCAGUGUUAUCGCCUCUAAGAUUACCAUUUUUCCGCUAAAUUCAACUCUAUUUUCCCGUGUCUUUGUGGUUGUGUGAAUGAAAUAUCGAAUCUAGUGAAUUAUUAAAGCCACCUGUUGAUUCAGUGCCAUUAGUGUUCACAUUACUUGGAUAACCAUCGCUUUAAAAUGGAUUAAUUACCUCAUCUUUUACCCUGCAGUUAAAAGGGGUGUGGAGGAAUGAAGCCAAAACAAAGGUCGGCGCCGUGGUGACGUUAUGAGUGGCGCUGUGCAGCUGUGCGUGAGUCUGUGGCUCGUACUGGCCGCUGCUAGUGCCGGCGCAGGGAGCGAGCACCUGCGCGAGCUGGAUAUCUCGGAGGGCGCCCCGGUGGGCACCCGGGUGGGCUUCAUCGGGGACGGCUCGUCGUCGGACAGCGGGCCGCCGUACCUCAUCGUCCCGGUCCCCGGAAGCGCUGUCGACACGGACAUCAGCAUCGAAGCCAACACGGGCGAGAUCCGGACCAAGGUGGCGCUGGACCGGGAGACGAGGGCCGCCUACUCCCUCGUCGCCAUCCCGGCCAGCGGGCAGAACAUCCGCGUCGUCGUCCAGGUCCUCGACGAGAACGACAACGCGCCCACCUUCCCGAGCCCCGUCAUGAGCAUCGAAUUCCCGGAGAACACCCCGCGCGACGUCAAACGCACCCUCCACCCGGCCCGCGAUCUGGACCUCGGCAUCUACAACACCCAACGCUACAACAUCGUCUCCGGCAACGUCAACAACGCCUUCCGCCUCUCGUCCCACCGGGAGCGGGACGGCGUCCUCUACCUGGACCUCCAGAUCAACGGCUUCCUCGACCGGGAGACCACCGCCGGCUACAGCCUCAUCAUCGAGGCCCUCGACGGCGGGAGUCCGCCCCUCCGCGGCUCCAUGACCGUCAACAUCACCAUCCAGGACGUCAACGACAAUCAGCCCAUCUUCAACCAGUCCCGCUACUUCGCCCAAGUGCCCGAGAACGCCACCGUCGGCACGAGCGUCCUCCAGGUCUUCGCCACGGACAUCGACGCCGGCGAGAACGGCGAAGUCGAGUAUUCCAUCAACCGACGGCAGUCCGAUCGCGAAGGCCUCUUCCGCAUCGACCCCAAGACCGGGCAGAUCUCCGUCGACAAGCAGCUCGACUUCGAGACGAAGGAGAUCCACGAGCUCGUCGUCGUCGCCAAGGACCGCGGCGUCCAGCCUCUCGAGACGACCGCCUUCGUCUCCAUCAAGGUGACGGACGUCAACGACAACCAGCCGACCAUCAACGUCAUCUUCCUCAGCGACGACGCCACGCCCAAGAUCUCGGAAAUGGCGCAGCCCGGCGAGUUCGUCGCCCGGAUCUCCGUCAACGACCCCGACUCCAAAACCGAAUACUCGAACGUCAACGUUACCUUGGAGGGUGGCGAAGGGCAUUUCGGACUGGCCACCCAGGACAACAUCAUCUACCUGGUUAUCGUCUCGCUUCCCAUCGACCGGGAAGUGCGGCCCAACUACACCCUCAGUGUGAUCGCGACGGAUACGGGGUCGCCGCCCCUCCACGCGUCUCGGACGUUCCACCUCCGCGUGACGGACGUGAACGACAACGCGCCCGAGUUCGACAAGCAGGUCUACAACGUGAACGUCCUCGAAGUGGCCGAGCCCGGCACCUCGGUGUUCCAGGUGACGGCCAAGGAUCGCGACGAAGGGACCAACUCGGAGCUGACCUAUUCCAUCCAGGAGUCGUCCGAGUCGCACUCGAACUGGUUCCAAAUCGAUCCCAAGUCCGGUCUCAUCACCACCAGACUCCACGUGGAUUGUGAAACCGACCCUGUGCCGCAGUUGAUCGUCGUGGCUACCGAUAACGGAGUGCCGCCGCUCUCGUCCUCCGCGACAGUGCUUGUGACCAUCCACGAUGUGAACGACAACGAACCCAUCUUCGACCACAGCUUCUACAACGUCACCAUCAAGGAAGACGUCGCGAAGGGAGACUGCAUUUUAAAGGUGAGUCACGCCAUAUUUCUAUUUGGGAUCCCUCCGGUGGAAGAAUAUAUACCAUGA